CGGAGGUCGGCGAGCGAGGGCUCGGCGGAGCCAUGUGUGACCGGAGAAAAUCCAGCGCGCAAUCGUGGUGCACUCUCCUCUUGUGAUCUUUCGUUAUGAAGACGUGGGCGACAAGCGGCUGAUCAGUGACGCCCUACCGAUCUGGAAAUCUGCUCUGUCGAAAAGGUGCGGUAUAUCGCAGACUGCAAUUGGAGAUCUGGCUGGGGAGUGGAUGUUUCUUAAUCUUCGAGCAUUUUUCAAUGGAGUUGUCCGUUUUCCGGCUAAAUCCCUGAUAUACAUACGAUCGAGAUGAGGCCGGGCGAUGGAUGGAUCCUGCAGUGCAAUUUAUGGAGCUUUUGGAUCUAUCCACUGGCCUGCUAGAUCCCCCAUGGUUGUUUGCACAUGGACAGAUGCCCUGGGAUCGACUUAGCCAUCCUUUUGUGUUUUCAGUUUAUCCUGUCUGAUGGUUGUGGUGCUAUCGUCCUUUCGUUGUCCUUCCCCGGCCGGGUGUCUGCUCUCAAGACCGCAGGAUCAAGCGGACGCAACAGGACUUAGUCUAAUUAGCACCCAACUCUUUCGGCAUUGUCAGCUGCCUGUGCCUUGGAUUUUGUUCUUUCACGUCUGGAUAUUUUUGAAAACAGAUAAUUUAUCUUCAAAGUGCACACUGGAGAGUGAGUGUGGUGCCUGUCUCACAGCCUUCGCACAAAACCAUACAGCAAUCGAGCGAUUAAACUCUGGAAAUAUGGCGUGAAGGGUCUGCAAAGUCAAUGGUAUAUAACAAACAAGAAAUGGACAACAUACAUAACAAAGCAUGAGACAUCAUGAGAACCAUUCGAUGGGACAUUUGAAAAGUAGCAGUUGUCAGAAUUUUACGGCACAUCAAUCCAAUCCAAAGAUGAAGUCAGCCACAAGUCUUGCGACUUGCGAUAUGCUUCAAAUGCUAUGAUAUACGGUCAUACUUAUUUCAAGAGUUCCCACCUCGACUGGCAACACUGUCGCCUGACAAGAACCAGUCACGGUGUAAGAAUUUCGCGAACGGAAGGAGCGACAAAUCCAACUGCUUGGUUACAAAAUUCAGGCCAUCAACACUUUCACAUGUAACAAACCAGCCACCGUCCUCGCAGACAAACAUUGGAUACAUGUAAAAUGUCUACAACAAGCCUUGAAGGCAAAUGCGAAACCUCCACUUAACAGCAAGAAAUAUCAUUUCAACUUCCAAGAUAUUUUAAAAAUCUUAUCACAUGAAUUUCA